AUGACGACUCCAAUUCCACAGCCCCCCGGCGUACCGCUGCUGGGAAACAUCUUCGAUGUCAGCCCAAGCAAUACGUGGGGCUCGCUGAACAAGCUUGCUGCUAAAUGGGGGCCAAUUUUCAAAAUCAAUGCUCUCGGAACGCAGAUUGUGUUCGUCAGCAAUGCUGCUCUGUUAGAGGAAAUCUGCGAUGAGACUCGUUUCCGAAAAUGCGUCACCGGGCCCAUUGUCGAGAUUCGACAGGCGGUGCACGACUCGCUCUUCACGGCUUAUCCCUCCGAGGACCGCAUCUGGGGCAUUGCGCAUCGCAUCCUGUCCCCCUGGUCGUCCGAUGAGUCGAACCGAACCACUUUCAACGACAUGCGCGACGCCAUUGCGGCCAUCGUGCCAACCUGGGCUACCGAGUCUGAACAAAAGGUCAAUGUGGCAGAUGGCCUGAAGCGAUUGAACUUCCAGAGUGUGCAGUGGAGCUUUUUCCACCAAAAGUCCGACUACAUGUCCGGUCCAUUUCCGGCCUUCCUCACGGCCAUUGACCGUUCAACUAUGGAAUCUGUCAAGCGCCCGACGCGGCCCAAGUUUCUGAACUGGCUCAUCUACCAGCGCGGCUACAGCAAAGACAUCCGCACUAUGCGUUCCUUUGGUGCCGAUGUUAUCGCGAAGCGCAAAAGCGAAGAAGAGCACACCGCUGACUUGCUCGAUGCCUUGAUCAAUGGUAAGGAUUCGGAGACUGGCGAGUCUCUUAACCAUGAGCAAGCCAUCGACGAAAUCAUCAAUAUGUUCAUUGGCAGUGCAACUUCGCCCUGUCUUCUAUCCUUUGCCUUGUACUAUCUCCUCAAGAACCCCGAAUACAUCACCAAGGCGCGUGAGGAAAUUGACUCGAUUCUCGGCGCUGACAGAGAGCUGAGCUCUGAGAACCUUCCCCAAUUCCAAUUCACCGAGGCCAUUCUCCACGAAUCCAUGCGCUUGUCCGCCGUCGCCCCUGGCUUCAACAUCGAGCCCCGCCCUGACGUUAACAAGGACCCGCACGUCACUCUCGCGGGUGGCACAUACCAGAUCCCCAACAACCAGGCCAUAAUCGUCAUUCUCAAAGAGGUGAACCGCGAUCCGGCUGUCUUCGACGACCCUGAUGUCUUCCGACCCGAGCGCAUGGUCGGCGAUGCCUACGACAAGCUGCCAUCAGGAGUCAAGAAGGGCUUCGGUAAUGGCAAGCGUAAAUGCUUUGGCUUAAAGUUUGCCUGGCAAUGGAGCUGGAUUACCCUGAUCACCAUUUUGAGAGAAGUCGACUUGAAGCUCGCGGAUGAGAAGUACACGAUUGACGACGAUAUCAACGGAGCGUAUUGUGUGCAGCCGUGGAACUUUAUCGCCAAGGUCGGGAAGAGAAAGGACCGUCCUUGA